UUUAUAUUAACGCCAGAGAGAGAGAGAGAGAGAGAGAGAGAGAGACCAUUCAUUUCUUCAUUCUUCUUCCCCUCCUUGUAUUCUACUACUUCUCCACCAAACCCAAACGAGAUCCAAGAGAUAACCCACAUUCACUAACAAAUAUGAUCGAAGAACGCCGCGCUGGCGCCCCCUACGGCGUCCUGCUGGUGGUGGUGGUGGUGGCGUUGAUGGUAAUGCCGUCGCUGCUGGAAGACAAGGGCGAGGCCGUGACCGAGUUCAUCGCCGAGCUGCUCAGCCCGGUGGGGCUGCUGUUCCUCCCCAUCGUCCUCCUCCUCGUCAUCCAGUUCCUCUCCUCCGAGAGCGGCUCCUUCGUCUCCACCCUCUUCUCCACCGGCGAGCCCAACACCAUCCACCGAGUCAGCGGCUCCCCCGUCGGCGUCGCCCUCUUCCUCCUCCUUUUCGUCUUCCUCCUCUACAACCGCGUCUCUAUCUUCGGCGGCGGCGACGACGACUCCGGCGACUGAUGAUGGCUGUACCGAGUUGGAUCUGUUUUGUAUUUUUGAUUAAUUAAUUUGACUUGCUUUUGCUUCUUUGUUUGUACACAUAUAUAGGGAGUAUAAUAGAGCUGUGUGUGAACAGAACUCGGCGUCGGUGGAUGCUGUUGGUGCUGGGUGGGUGUGUGGGGCAUGGUUGUAAUUUUGCGGACGGAAACAGUGGACUUUGAAUUUUUUGCUGCUCUA